UUUUUUUAUAUAUCCAGUUCAUCCAGCUGGUCACUGCAGAUCUUUAAAGCCAAAUUAAAGCAAUAUUUCAAAUAUAAAACAAUUACUUGUGAAAGGUUUCACUUGUUGUAACAACGAGGCCACGAAUCAAUUUAAACUGCAGUAAAUCGCGAUGAUAUAAAUACUCACAUCUUCUCGCUGGUUCUGAGCUUCAGAGAAAGUACAUUUAAUGACGAGCAAACACAUGGAGGAAUAUGAAAAUGAAUAGUUAGCGGCACCUUUUGAUACGGCGACACAAACGGACGAGUCCUGAUUUAAAAAGUGUAGAAAGUAAAGCAGGUUUGUCUUCACGAGUCCUCUCCUCCCUCACCACCGCCUUGAAAGCAGCAGCAGAUCCGUAUCUCCCCUUCGUCCUCUUCCUCUUCCUCUUCCUCUUCCCUCAUCAGCUCAGGGGUGGGGCUUGUUUCAGGCGCCUCGGGGUCAGCGGCCGGCCUGGAAGGUUCCCGACGAUCCCCUCGCCGCUCUCUCCGCCAUGAUGCUGUACCUGCUCGUCGUCGUCCUCGGUAACGUGAACUCACAGACUCUGAGACAGGAGCUGAGCCCGGAGGACGGGAACCAAACGGCCACGGCGGCCGGCGCCGGAACGACGAAAGCCGGCGUGAACCUGACGCGUCUCCUCGAGGAGGAACCGGGAGUCAACCACACGUUCGUCACGGAAGACGACGAGAGGUUUCAGGACCAGGACCAAGAGUUCUGGGACAGUCGUUGCCAGGAGGAGGAGCUAAAGGAGCUCAGUCACAUCUACUGUGGGCAACGCUUCCACACGGACAUGGAGCCCGUCAGCCCGGAGGACCGGUGUGUGCUGGAAGAAGUCAUGAGGCCUUACAACGAACUGAUGCUCUGCUUGGAGCUGCUGUCUGAUUCGGCUGGCUGUUAUUACCCAAACCCCAUCACCGAGGACUUCUUCCUCUCCAUCCACUCAAACUACUUCCACAACUGCUCCAAGGAUGAUCUUCUGUUUGAGGACGCGCCUCACGAGCUGGUGGUCGCCCUCACGCUCGUCCCCGUGAGCCUCAUCCCCGUACUGGUUUAUCUGGUGGUUUGUAAAAGCGGUGUCAAAGAGUGAGUCGUGUUGCACUCUCAUGCUCCACUAAACCUCAACGUCAUCAUUAAAAGUUGAGAAUGAAGUUAUGGAGCAAACAUAAAUCUUUUUACUUUGCAUAUGUUUUUUUUGUUAUGUGUUUCGCUUUUAAAGGAGCAGUGUGUAGGACUUAGUGGCAUCGGGUGGUGAGGUUGCCUACACUGGCCCUUUAAAUAUAAAUUUAAACCCAGUUAGCCUAGCUUAGCAUAAUAUUAGCAUUAUAUAUUGAUUGUCUGUGAAUAAGAGCUUUAAUAUUUAGUGUGUUAAGUCUACGCUGGAAUAAAGCAGUGUCCGAAUACUUUUCUACUAUAUAAUAUAUAUAAAUACUAUAUAUACCUUUACAAGUAUGAUAUUGAGGAUUUCUAUUUUCAGUAAAUAAAGCAUGAUAUAUUUUCUACUUUAUGUCUUUGUGAGUUUGACCUUGCUGAGGACGAGCUAAAUAAUAACAAUAUAUUAUCUGGGUAGAUUUUAACAAUUUCUGCUCAAUAUUGACAUUUUUCUCCAUUUUCUAAAUCUUUACUUGUAACUUUCUACUUACUUUAUGAUAAUGAAUUCAUUUAUUUGUUAACAUAAAUCAGCC